AAACGGAGGUUACGGUGGUGGUGGAGGCGGUUACGGAGGAGGAGGUGGUAGUGGUGGCUACGGCGGUGGCCGUGGUGGUGGUGGUGGAGGUGGAGGAUACGGAGGCGGUGGAUACGGUGGAGGACGUGGUGGAGGCGGUGGUGGUGGUGGUGGUUACGGCGGAGGAGGAUACGGUGGAGGUGGAGGUGACCGCAUGAGCAACCUGGGCCAGAACCUGCAGAAGCAGACCUGGGACUUGGAGACCAUGCCCAAGUUCGAAAAGAACUUCUACCGCGAGCACCCCUCAGUCGCUGCCCGCACCCCGGCCGAGAUCGACGAGUUCCGCCAGAAGCACGAGAUGCGUGUUUUCGGUACCGAUGUUCCUAAGCCUAUUACCAACUUCGACGAGGCUGGUUUCCCCGCAUACGUUAUCAACGAAGUCAAGUCCCUCGGUUUCGCCGCUCCCACCUCGAUUCAAUGUCAAGGCUGGCCCAUGGCUUUGUCUGGUCGUGACCUCGUCGGUAUUGCUGCUACUGGUUCUGGAAAGACACUCUCUUACUGUCUUCCCGCUAUCGUUCACAUCAACGCUCAGCCUCUUUUGGCUCCUGGCGAUGGACCUAUCGUUCUUGUCCUGGCUCCUACUCGUGAGCUUGCUGUCCAAAUUCAGGAAGAGUGCACCAAGUUCGGAAAGUCCUCCCGCAUCAGGAACACCUGUGUUUACGGCGGUGUUCCCAAGGGUCAGCAGAUCCGUGAUCUCUCCCGUGGUGUUGAGAUCUGUAUUGCUACCCCUGGUCGUUUGAUCGACAUGCUUGAGUCCGGCAAGACUAACCUUCGUCGUGUUACCUACCUUGUUCUCGACGAGGCUGACCGCAUGUUGGACAUGGGUUUUGAGCCCCAAAUUCGCAAGAUCAUCGACCAGAUUCGCCCUGACCGUCAAACUUGUAUGUGGUCCGCUACCUGGCCCAAGGAGAUUCAGCGUCUCGCCAACGACUACCUCAACAACUUCUUCCAGGUUACCGUCGGUUCCCUCGAGCUCGCUGCCAACCACAACAUUUUGCAGAUCGUCGAGGUCGUCUCCGAGUUCGACAAGCGUGGCCGUCUCAUCAAGCACCUUGAGAAGGCUAUGGAGGAGAAGUCGGCCAAGACCCUCAUUUUCACCGGCACCAAGCGUGUCGCCGACGACAUCACCAAGUUCCUUCGCCAAGACGGCUGGCCCGCAUUGGCUAUUCACGGUGACAAGCAGCAGGCUGAGCGUGACUGGGUUUUGAACGAGUUCAAGGCUGGCAACUCUCCUAUCAUGGUGGCUACUGAUGUUGCCGCCCGUGGUCUCGAUGUUAAGGAUAUCAAGUUUGUCAUCAACUACGACUACCCCAACAACUCUGAGGACUACGUUCACCGUAUCGGUCGUACUGCCCGUGCCGGUACUAAGGGUACCGCUAUCACCUUCUUCACCCAGGAGAACUCCAAGCAGGCUCGUGACUUGUUGACCAUUCUCCGCGAGGCUAAGCAGGAGAUCGACCCCCGAUUGGCCGAGAUGGGUCAAUCUAGGGGUUACGGAGGAGGAGGAGGAGGCCGCUACGGAGGUCGUGGUGGAGGCCGCGGUGGAGGACGUGGUUACGGUGGAGGAGGUCACGGUGGCCAGGGACGUGGGUUCACUGGUUCCAACCAGGCCCCUAUGGGUGACAACCGCCGCGCUUACUAACUUUGAGGUUCCUUCUUGCAUCAUUAUUCAUUAGAUUUGUAUUUGGGUUUGUUCAUUGGGUUUAGGUU